AUGGCAUCCCCCAAGCCCAGAGCUAUACUUGGUCUCAUGACCUACGGCCCCGACAACUUUGCAGACAACCGUGUAACAACACUUGAAGAAUUCAAACUUCAUCUAGAUGAUCUCCAAAAGCAUGGAUACAACGAAGUUGACACGGCCCGUAUCUACUCUGGCGGUGAUCAAGAAGCUUUCACCGCAAAAGCUGGAUACAAAGAACGAGGCCUCAAGCUCGCUACAAAGAGCUACCCUCUAACUCCUGGACAGCACACUGCCGCCAACCUCCGCAAGGAUUUGGAGACUUCUUUGGCUGAACUUGGUGCUACAUCUGUAGACAUUUUCUACCUGCACUCGGCCGACCGCUCUGUCCCCUUCACCGAAACCCUAGAAGCAGCAAACACAUUGUACAAGGAGGGUAAAUUCAAGCAGCUCGGAAUUAGCAAUUUUUCUGCAUACGAAGUCGCAGAGAUUGUCAUGCUGUGUCAACAUCGAGGUUGGGUGAAGCCCACUAUUUACCAGGGGGUGUACAACGCUAUCACUCGAAACCUUGAGACAGAGGUUAUUCCUGCCUGUCGCCGCUUUGGAUUGGAAGUUGUCAUUUUUACCCCCCUCGGCGGAGGUCUCCUGACCGGGCGCUACAAGACCCUUGAUGACGAGGAGCAGCAAGGUCGUUUCAGCAACAGCACGUUCUUGGGACCUAUUUUUAGGGCCAUGUACUUUAACGAGAGUUUGUUCAAAGCUCUCGAUAUCCUCCGACUUGCGGCUGAAAGCCACAAUCUGACUAUGCCCGAGGUCGCUCUCCGGUGGCUCGUGCAUCAUUCUGCUUUAAAGUUGGCCAAGGAUGGAGGAAACGACGGCGUUAUCUUUGGAGUCAGCAAGAUUUCUCAGUUGGACCAGAAUAUCUUGGAUCUGCAGAAGGGUCCUUUGCCAGAGGAGGUUGUGAAGGCGCUCGAUGCUGCUUGGAUCAUUGCAAAGGGCACCAGUCCCAACCCGUGGCACACACCACUUGAGUACACCUACGAGGGACAUUCAUAG